AGUAUUAGCUUUACUUUCCAAUGAAGUAAGAAAAACUUUACAUCUGGAAAUUUACCUACCGAAUUUAAAAUUUAGUUUAUUUCAUACCAGAAAAUAUGGUUGUUUUAUACAUCUAUGUGAUGUUUGUUUUUUUCACUACCGCAGAAAAUUAUUACGCCGUUAAUAACAAAAUCUGUAGCUUGAAUUAUUUUAUGAAAAUCUUAUCUUGCAUCUGUGACAGUAAAUUCGAACUUCGAAACAAUGAAGAACGGAAGAAAGUCCAUCUUCAUUAUGCAGUGGAUCACUGUUGUAAAUUUUCCUGUUCGGAAUUAUUUCUGAAGUUAUAUUGUCCAUUUAAAAAUUCUGAGGAAAGUCGUGAUUAUUUAUCAAAAUACAUUUCUCCAGAAUACGUUUUUGAUGAAAAUAUUAUUGCAGAGAUAUGCAAGAAGAAUGGUAUUAAAUACAACAAAGAUUUUUCGACUAGACAGAACCAGGAUCGAACAUAUUCAGAUUUUUCUAAUUGCAGAACGGUCGAUUCCUAUUCUGGUUUUAGGCAUAAUGAAAAUAUUGACACGUCCGUAAGUAUCCCUGAUGACGAAGACUAUUCAAUUAUUGGAUCAUCUGGUUUCUCGAGUGGAAAAGGUUAUUCUGACGAAUCAUCCGGUAUUUUAAACGACGAAACUGCGAUUCAUUAAGAGAAAAAUAAUUUUUUCUGACCUAAACAAAGAAAACAAGGUAAUCUUGUAAUUAGAUAAACAUUUUGUAAACUGGAUCGAUAGUUAUAUUAAUUAAUAUAUUUAAAGCAUAUCAUUUCCAAGGAGUCUGAAAACCUUCAUGUUUCACGAAUUAAAGGAAUAUCCGCAUAAACAUCGUUUUUUUAAAUAAAGUUGUAAAAUAAUUUCAUUUGAUAUUUAAUUUAAAAAUAAAUAAAAAUUUUCUGUAAAUCUUUAGUCCAAUUUUAGAAAUUGUUAGUUGUAUAUCAAAUAUUAUAAUGAAAAUUCAUAUAUACAAAAAUUACAUAGAUACUCCUACUUUCGCUUUAACUUUUCUAAGUAAAAAUUUAAACUAUGUUUACGCUUUAAAUGCUAUUUUCUAAUUGAUUUUUAUAGUAAUUUAUCAAGAUUAAUGUUCUUUCUGAUUAUAUAAUAA